AGUGUCUGCAGUUUCGGUUACUUCUUCUAAAGCGGUUGUUCGUCGUCGUCGUCGUUUGGCAUCUGCUCUCUGCGUCGCGUAGAGUCCGAGAGUUAACUGCGAGUGAGUGGCCAGAGGAUAGAGGAUACUGUAGAGGAUACCUCUGCCACACAGGAAAACGUUAUGCUGAAGAUAUUCCUGCUGAGCGCCGUGCUCGGCAUUGCCUACGCUGGUGUCAUUGGCCCCGGACCUGGACCUGGACCUGGGCCUGGUCCGUACUAUGGCGGACAUGCUGGCCCCGCCCUGCUGCCGUAUGGCGGCUAUGCCCCGCAUCCUGGCCCAUAUGCAGCGCCCAAGCCUGCGCCAGCACCAGAGCCCUACGAUCCGGAUCCCAAGUAUUCCUUUGGCUAUGACAUCCACGAUGGUUACACGGGCGACCUGAAGAGUCAGCACGAGACGCGCCAUGGCGAUGUGGUGAAGGGCAGCUACUCCGUGGUGGAUCCAGACGGCACCAAGCGCACCGUGGACUACACAGCGGAUCCGCAUAAUGGCUUCAAUGCGGUGGUGCGAAAGGAGCCGCUCGCCUACAAGCCUGCCCCAGCUCCUGCGCCUGCGCCUCUGCAUCUGGCAGGACCUGCACCGGGACCCCUCCAUCUGGCUGGACCUGCGCCAGCACCCCCCCUGCCGCCAGUGCCCAAGAACCCCGCUCCACUGCUCUCCUACCCUCUGGCUUAUAGUCAUCUUGGUCCUGCUCCAGCCCACCCAGCUCCCGCACCUGUGCCCGUCCCCGUGGCUGCGCCUGCACAUCACUUCCAUCCCGCCUACCCUGCCCUGGCACACAGUCCCUAUGCCCACUACCCGGCACCCGCUCCUGUGGAUCCCCAUGCCUACUAUCAUCACUAAUACGGAGGAGGCGACUGUACUGAUCUGACUUGAUUUUUUUUCGACUUUUCUGACUCUUAAUUCUGUGUCAACUGCUGUGCCUCUCCAUCUACGCAUCUCUCUCUCUCUCUCUCCCAUUUGCCUUUGCCGUGUUCUUUGUGGCGUAGAUUGUCUAUAAGGUUUAUCCACUAGAUCUACUAUGUAUUAAGCAUAUAGAUAGUAGCGUUAGUAAGCGAUAACUAGCGAUAGAGAAAUAAUCAAUUGAACAAGAGAUCCAUCCAUUAAAACUCCCUUCAGUUUCUUUUAACGCAAUUGAUGUGUGUUUUAUU